AUGAGCACCCUGUUUGGGAACCGUUCUGGCUCGGUGCCGUCGCCUGGUCCCGGGAACGUUCCGGGCACCGAGUCCAACGUUGGGCGCUUCCUCCCCGGAAGAGCCCGCCUUCCACCGCGUGUUCCCACCGGGCCCUCAGUUCCAGAAAGUGGGGACGGAACCCCCAUCCCGGCUGCACGUGCCCCGCACGGAGCCCCGACAGUGAAUCCAACCAGCAGCGCCCUGCGGAGUCGCCCGGGGGCCCGGCCGCGCCUCCCCGCUCGGGCCCCGCAGAUCCCGGUCCCCGGGCCCCGGCACCGGGGUCCGAGCGGGCCGAGCGCGGGUGAGGAGCCCGCAGGCCCCGCGCCGCCGCCCCAGGCCAGGCCGCGCCCCGGCCUCUCCCCGGCGGCUGCGGGGCCACAAAGGCGGCGGCGCGGCCCGGCGCGCGGCGGCCCCGGAGGCCGAGGGUCAGGCGGGCGGCGGCGGAAGCAGGCCUCGGCCCUCCCCGCCGGCUCCCCGGACGCCGCUCCCCGCCCGCCGGCCCGCGCCCAGGCGCAGGGCCUCGCGCCGCCCGGCCCCCGGGCUGCACCGGCCUCCUCCGGGCCCGGCCCCGCCGCCCCGGGAGCAGCGCCCCGCGCCCGGCCGCCCGACCGCGGGGGGCCGGCGGACGCCCAGCCCGGCCCCGACCCUGCCCCGCAGACGCUCACCGGCCGCGGCGGCUCCGCUUCCUCGCCCAGCGCCGGCGCGACUGCGGCGCUCGCGCAGGCGGGCGUCCGGCGCGGGGACCCGGGCGCGCCGGGGGCGGGAUCGCGCCGGGGGCGGGGGGCGGGGGCGGCGUGCGCCCUGCGGCCCCCGGGCUGCCCCGCACCUCGGCGGCCCCGGGCCCGCCCUCCCGCGCCCCCGCCCCCGCCGCGCUCCUCCCGGCGGCUGCGCCUCGGAUCCCGGUCGGUCCCCCCACUCCGCUCCCCGCCUGCGGGCCCGGGCCACCGGGGUCGGGACCCCGCCGGCCCCCGGGCCCGAGGCUCGCUCACCUGUAGCUGCGACCCGGGCCUGUCUCCGCGGGGAGGGAGAGGCCCGGGCGCCCGCGGGAAGCCCUGCCCGCACCUCCUCGGGCUAAUCGCGAACUGA